AUGGGCCUCUCGACGCUCUUCAGCAGGUCUCAUCGCCAGGCGGAGGGCAGCACCAGUACGCCGACAGAGGAUGUGACACCAGUGAAAGAUCCCGUCGCCUCAGUGCCUUCAGACAAGGCUAUCGGCGAGAGUCAGACCCCGGUCUCUGCCGACCCGAUCGCUGACGAGAAAGGCAACUGGACAGACGAGACAGCAGCCAUCGAGCAGGAGAGCCAUGAGAACCCCGAGAUCGCUGCGCUGCCGCUGGAAGUGCGCCAGUUGGUCAGCCUGACCGACGACCCAACGCUGCCGACCAUCACAUUCCGCUACUUCCUGCUCUGCGUCAUCUUCGUCAUUCCCGGCGCGUUCCUCUCGCAGAUGAGCUACUUCCGCACGACGCAGGCGCCCUACUCGAUCUUCUUUGUCCAGAUCGCGUGCCACUACCUCGGACACUUUCUCGCGCGCGUGCUGCCGGCGACUGUCGUGCGCGUCCCUUUUACCAAGUGGUCGUUCAGCCUCAAUCCGGGCCCCUGGAGCAUCAAGGAACAUGUGCUGGUGACAGUGACGGCGGCGUCGGGCGCGACCUACAACCUGGGCUUCUACCCGAUCUCGCUGGCGGAGCUCUACUACGGCGAGAAAGUCCACCCGGCCGUGGCCAUCUUCUUCAUGUUCUCCAUCGUCUGGAUCGGCUAUUCCUUCGCAGCCAUCGCACGCCAGCUGCUGCUUUACGACCCCAACUACAUCUGGCCGCAGGCGCUGAUGCAGAGCACCCUGUUCGAGACCUUCCGCAAGACGGACAUGUCGUCGCCGCUGGCCCGCAAGCAGAUGAAGGUCUUCUUCCUGUGUCUGAUCGGCAUGACGCUGUGGCAGUUCUUGCCGGAGUAUGUGUUUCCUUUCACUUCGUCUCUGGCUUUCCUCUGCUGGGUGGCGCCGCAUAACCCGGUGGCCAACUUCAUCGGGUCCGGCCUGGGCGGGAUGGGCUUUCUGAACUUGUCGCUGGACUGGUCGAACAUCAACUGGAACGGGUCGUCGAUCCUGCUGACGCCGUGGUGGACGCAGGUCAUUCUUUUCCUGGCAUUUGCAGUCAACUGUUGGAUCCUCCUGCCGGCGGCCAAAUGGGGCAAUCUGGGCUCGUACCACCAUGGACUGAUGAGCAACAAGCUGCUGCUGGCGAACGGGUCGACAUAUCCGGUCCUUGAGGUGCUGACGCCGGACUUCCAGAUCAACGAGACGGCUUAUCAGCAUGCUCGACUCGCGGAAGAAGCAGGCGCGCAACAAGGGCGAGAGCAUCAACCACCAGUACCACGAUCGGCUGAACGUGCUGCAGCGGAACUACAAGGAGGUGCCGUGGUGGUGGUACGUAGUGCUCUUCCUGGCGGGAUUCGUGGUGCUGGUGACGGCCAUCGGGUGCGGGUAUCUGUGGAUUCCGAUCUGGACGCUGUUCGUGGCGCUGAGCACGGCGGCCGUCGUCGUGAUCCCGAUGGGCUGGCUGUACGCCAUCUCGAACUACCAGGUCGCGACCGGCUCGUUCAACGAGCUGAUGUACGGGUACAUGGUGCACACCAAGGCCGGGAACGGCUACCACCAUCCGUGCGGGCCGUCGACGUACGGCGCCAUCGCGGGGGAUGCCUGGUACCGGGCGCAGUACAUGCUGCAGGACCAGAAGAUCGGGCACUACAUGCACAUUCCGCCGCGGGCGAUCUUCUUCUCGCAGAUCUUCGGGACGGUGCUGGGGGUGCCGGUGAACUACGGGGUCGUGCGGUGGGUGCUCAACACCAAGUUCGACUACCUGUCGGGGGCGAAGCAGGAUCCUCUCAACCAGUGGACGGGACAGCAGAUCCAGUCGUACAACACGAUGGGCGUGCAGUACGCGGUGAUCGGGCCGCAGCGGCUGUUCUCGCAGCAGCUGUUCGCGCCGCUGCCGUGGUCGUUCCUGGUGGGCGCGGCGGUACCUCCACUGUUGUAUCUUCUACACCGGGCGUUCCCCCGGUGGCGGGUAGACCUGUGGAACGUAACAAUCUUCUUUUCGGGGCUGGCGGUGUUCUACGGCAACAUCAGCACGGGGUACACGUCGGCGAUCAUCGGGGGGUACGUGGUGAUGUACCACUUCUACCGGAAGCGGUUCGAGGUGUGGAAGCGGUACAGCUACUUGAUCGCGGCGGCGUUCGACGCUGGCUUCAACUUCAAUAUGCUGCUGAUCUUUUUGUUCUUUGGGGCGGGCAAGCAGAUUGCGAUGCCGAACUGGUGGGGGAAUAA